AUGGGCAAGCGCAAGUCUUCCUCUAAACCUCAAGGGCCCCGAAAGCGGGAGCCCCUGUCGACUACCUUCGCCUGUCUGUUCUGCAACCAUGAGAACUCAGUCAUUGUAAAGUUAGAUAAGAAAUUGGGCCUCGGUGACCUGUCCUGCAAAGUGUGUGGCCAGAAGUUCCAGACUGGCAUCAAUUAUCUUUCCGCUGCCGUCGAUGUUUAUUCGGAUUGGGUGGACGCGUGUGAUGCGGUUGCCAAGGACACGGCGAACCAGUAUGACGGGACAGCCAGCUCACAAGUAGCCGGUCGCAAACCGGGCCCUGCAGCAAAUGUGGCAUCGGGGGAUGUUUUCGAGGAAGAGGAUUAUUGA